UCGGUCACUAUUGUCAUUGCUUCUGCAUUGCAUCUACUCAGCGCUUUCACAGCAUUCUUCAAGACAUCUUGCACAGAAGAAGAUUUCUUCUGGGCGAGAUGGAGCUUCGACGGUCUACGAGGAUUCGGCGUCCACCUGCGUGGCACGCCGACUACGUGAUGGGCUUCCCGGUGCGGAAGUCCAUCAGGCAGCAGAGGGUGGGGGCUGGAGAUGCUCUCCAGCAGACUCAGGAGAUAGCACUGCCUUCUUCCAUGCCUGAGCUUGAUCUUCCUGAGGAGGAGCUUGAACAAACUGAAGAGGUGGCAUCGCCAUCUUGUCAGUCUGUGAUAGUUCACCCUCAGGAGGAUCCUGAGCAGGGUGAGAGGAUUGCAGCGCCAGCUCCCAAGCCUGUGAUUGAUCUUCCAGAGAUGGAGCUUGAACAAACUAAGGGGAUGGCCAUGCCCUCCUCUCAGUUUGUAAUAGCUACCUCUCUGAAUGAUCAUGGUCUUGCAUGGGCCUGGGAGACGGUAUCGCUAUCUCCUCAGGCUGCUGGAGGUCAUCCGUCCUGGUUUCCAUUUCGAUGCUGGCCUCCACUGGAAGUGAUUCCCCAGGAUCAGCCACCACCAGUGG